CUCACUCUGAGAAUGGAUGACAGUUCGUUUAUGGGACAAGAAAAUCUUUCUUGUCUCUAGGGAGUAUAACCUGGAGUUAUUCCAGCUUCUUCAGUCAAAUGUUGGCAAAUCUUGGGGGAAUCGACCCCCACAGAUUCAGCCUUGAAGUGGGGGCCAGCCCCUGCAGGCUAUACUUGACUUUUUUAAUGUAGCCUGCCUCCCUACCAAAAGAUGGCUGCAGUAUCAUGCUAGUAGUGGUGGGUACGAUCUCAACCUCUUUGCCAGCCCUCCUGACUGCAACUUCCUGUGUUCCGUCUGCCAUGGGGUUCUCAAGAGGCCAAUGAGGCUGCCAUGCAGUCACAUCUUCUGCAAAAAGUGCAUCCUCCAGUGGCUAGCCAGACAAAACACCUGUCCGUGCUGUAGAAAAGAGGUGAAAAGGAGAAAGAUGGUCCAAGUGAACAAACUCCGGAAAACCAUUGGCCGCCUACAAGUCAAGUGCAAGAAUGCGGAAGCUGGCUGCUUGGUGACAUGCCCUCUGGCUCAUCGCAAGGGCCACCAAAACUCCUGCCCCUUCGAGCUGAUGGCCUGCCCCAACGAGGGCUGCACCGCGCAGGUUCUGCGUGGGGUCCUCGCUGAGCACCGUCAGCAUUGCCAGCAGGGUGGCCAGCAGCGCUGCCCCUUAGGCUGUGGAGCCACUCUGGCUGCCGCGGAGGGCGAGCCACACAACUGCUAUCGUGAACUACGUGAUGCUUGGGUCCAGCGCCACGAGCGCAACCGGACCCUGCUGCUGAGCCUGCUGGGGCGUGUGCGCCAGGUGCACCGCACCACCAACUUCAUCCGCCGGCAGCUGGCACAGCUGGGCGACUUCCUGGAGGAUGACUCCCUGCUUCUGAGCUCCAGGGCUCAGGAGACUGAGGUUGCCCCGGAGGCUGAGAUGUGGGGUGUGCAGGGCCAAGGUGUCUUAUAAAGGAGUUAAAUAAACGCUGAGCCCAGGCCUGACCCACCUCACGUCCUAUG